UAUACCUACUCAAAGGAAUGAUGGAGGACGACACCGUCAAUCUUCAAUGUGUGAAUAUCAGCGGUCAGCGUUUUGAGAUGUCCGAAACAACAUGGUUGCGAUUUGUCAGGUCGGUUCCAGAACAUUUUCAUCAUCAACUUAAGCGUACAGGAAGCGAAAUCUUUGUUGAACGACACCCGGCCGCAUUUCAGUGCAUCCUAUAUUAUCAUCAGGGCGGACAGUUGCAUUUACCCGCUGACCUUUGUCCUUCGUCAUUCAAGGCCGAACUUCAGUUCUGGGGAAUACCUUACUCGUGCCUUGCGAAAUGCUGCUUCACGAAAUACACGGGAUUUUUUGACGAUGAGUCCACGCUCAAGAUCUACUUUAUCGUGAGUACCCUCGUGGUUCUGGCGUCUCUAUUCGCUCUCAUUGCUGGAACCCAUCACGACUUUCAAAGGGACCUGACUGUCAACGAGUGGGAGGAAUACUUCGGGAACGACUGGUCGAAAUACAAACACCAAUUUACCAGUUCCGCCUUACCGGAAGGUACAGCAGAAUCGGAAAGCAACCCGGAACCAGAAAGCAACCCGGAACCGGAAAUUACAUCAUCAGCGGAACCGGAUGCACACGAACCUAUUCCAAUACCAGAAAACGCCUUUGUGCGAUAUUUCUUUUUGGAUGUGAUUGAAUAUUCAUGCAUGGCUUUCUUCACUGUCGAUUUGCUUGUUCGAUACUUGUUCUGUCCAUACCGAUUGAAACUCCUGAUGUCGUUCUUUCACUGGGUGGACGUGUUUUCGCUGUUAGUAAUGUUUUUGAAAUAUAUUGUUGAAGAAUUGUCCCCAAAACUUAAAUACGAAGUGUCAGUUCUGAAUAUUAUACAUUGCCUUCAAGUUGUACGCGUGUUUCGCCUCUUUAGGAUGGUGCAACACACAGCCGGGUUCCGUGUCCUGAUAUUCUCUUUCAAAGCCAGCAUAUGGGAUAUGCUUUUGAUGAGCAUGUUUUUACUUUCAGCCGUGCUACUUUUCUCGACGUUUGCUUACUUCUCUGGCGACAGCACGUUUCCCAACAUUCCAGAAUCGUUCUGGUGGGUCAUCGUUACUAUGACGACAGUGGGGUAUGGAGAUGUUGUUCCCAAGAUACUCCUGUCAAAGAUUAUAGGUGCCUUCUGCGCCAUUGCAGGCGUCUGUCUCCUGUCUAUAAUUAUUCCGAUAUUUGUGAAUAAUUUCAUGCUCUUUUACGCAUAUUCCAAGAUAUGGGGACGACGGACAGUACCGGCAGUAAAACGCGCAUAUCUGGCAAAGGUAUUGCCAACACCUGAUGAUAUUGAUGAUGCAAGAUUAAAAAACGACGUGUCGACGAUAUCAUAGUAGUUUAUGUAUUUGUGUUUUUCGUUAAGGACACACGUUGCUACACGCGUUUUUCACCAAGUUUAUCAAGACUUAAUUCCAUAUCAUUCAGAUAAAGAUUCUGUUUCAUCGGAAUAAUGGUAUAAUGUCUAUAAUGGCAACCGAAGCGAAAGAGCAAAUUUAAUACAUUUCAAAAAGAUCUGAAACAUUUUGCCGCUUAAAUUAAAACAUCGUCCAAAAUGUUUGAGUGUAACAAGUCUAGAAAAGAGUGCUGGGACACACUCCGGAUCCUUACAUGAUGCAGCUUCAGGCGAGGGAGUACCUCUGGGACACACUCCGUAUCCUUACAUGAUGCAGCUUCAGGCGAGGGAGUACCUCUGGGACACACUCCGGAUCCUUACAUGAUGCAGCUUCAGGCGAGGGAGUACCUCUGGGACACACUCCGGAUCCUUACAUGAUGCAGCUUCAGGCGAGGGAGUACCUCUGGGACACACUCCGGAUCCUUACAUGAUGCAGCUUCAGGCGAGGGAGU